UUUGGAUCCCCGGCGAAACUUUCACACCGUCAUCAAUCGAUAUGCGUUUGUACAUGUACGCGCCUCGUGAUGGUGCCCGGCUUCGACGAAUUUAGGUGUAGCGCGGGACUUAGUAUACCAUCAAGGUCGAUUAUUUCAUACGAAUUUAGACAAUAAAAUAAAUUCGCCGCGCACUAGCGUCAUCUGAAAGGAUAUCCAGGAUGGGAAACAACCGGGAAGAGGCAUGGAUGAUAACAAGAAAACAAUGCUGCUGUCGCGCCUAUCCUUCCUUUCGCGCGCAAACAGCCUGUAAUGGCAGAGAGGCUUCUUACACGACGCAUUUGGUGUAAUGUUAAUUAACAUCCAACAACAAGAGGAAAGCUGAAUUAAGCCUGAGCAACCCGGAAGCCGGACAGGUGAAUCAGCUCACCCUCGCGAUGAAGCGGGAGUGGUAGAUCCCUCUCUCAUCCUGGCCAUAUAUACCUCUUCCCUCCUGCUCGCUCACGUACUCUUCCCCAAGGAACCCGACGACAAUGACGGCACCGUCGAGGAUCAACGUAAAGUCGCGGAAGAGAGAACUCGCCAGCGAUCGGCCGUGCACGAACCAGUCGGCCCACGUGGAUCGUGGUCUCGUGUUCUCGUCACUGGCACCGUUCGCACUCGUCCUCGUCCUCGCCUGGGGUUCCAACGCCUCCUACGAGACGCAGGGGCCCAGUUUCGUGACGGAGCCGCCGUCCAGAGUGGAGUUCACGAAUGUGAACGGCGGCAGGGUGGACUGCACCGUGCGAGGGAAUCCGUUGCCGACUGUCGACUGGUUGGCGGCGGACGGCGGCAGUAUAAGCAACAUACCCGGCAUCAGGCAUGUCCUUGGCAACGGGACGAUUCACUUUCCCGGUUUCGAGGCCGAGGCCUUCCGGCAGGACGUCCACUGGGCCAUUUAUAAAUGCUCAGCCGUCAACAGCGUCGGCGCCGUCGUUAGCAGAGACGUCACUGUCAGAGCAGUGGUGAACCAGCGUUACGACCCGGAAGUGCAAAGUCCCAGCGGCUUCCUCGGCAACAACGUACUUAUGCGCUGCAACGUGCCCAGUUUUGUUCGCGAUCACGUCACGGUCACAUCGUGGCUUCAAGAACCAGCUUUCAAUAUCUACCCCUCCACGAUGGGCGAUGGCAAAUAUCAUAUGCUGCCGACCGGCGAGUUGAUGAUAAUCAAUAUUACGCGAAGCGAUGCACAGAUGACUUAUCGGUGCAGGACGCAUCAUCGGCUAACUCAGGAAACCGUCGUCAGCAGCAAUGUGGGACGCCUGCAACUGACCGAAAUUCGUACUUUCAUGCCGCCUAUAAUAAGUGAGAAAUUAGUGUACAUGUCGGCACGGCUGAAGGACACCGUCGUGAUUCCCUGCGUGGCCUACGCCCACCCAACACCGACGAAUAGGUGGUACUACAACAGAAAUCAGAGGGAAGAGCCGAUCGAGGAGUCAUCGGGCCAUUACGUAGUGCGAGACGGCUCCCUGAUCGUGCAGAGCGUCGAAGAAAGCGACGGCGGGUCCUACAUGUGCACCGCCAGCAAUUCCGAAGGCAGCGAAACUUUGGAGAUUCGAUUAACGGUGUCUGCGCCGCUAAGCGUUCACGUGCAACCGGCGAUACAGACCGUCGAUCUGGGGAAACCCGCGUACUUGACGUGCACAGCAAGUGGAUUUCCGCAAGCGGUGCUCUAUUGGCUGAAAGACGGUCAGCCAUUGAGAACGGGCACUCGCGUAAGGAUGGUUUCGAGCGAGCGUAUUUCCGUGACGUCGGUCGCGAGAGAGGACCGCGGCAUGUACCAGUGCUUCGUACGAAACGAGUACGAAAUAGCUGAAGGGAUUGCGGAAUUGCGCCUGGGGGAGAUCGCGCCGCAGCUGGUCUACAGGUUUAUCGAACAGACAAUGCAGCCUGGUCCAUCGGUUUCUCUGAAAUGCAGCGCCGCAGGUAAUCCCACGCCGCAAAUUUCCUGGCUGCUAGAUGGAUUUCCGCUGCCUCAAAACGACAGGCUCCUGAUUGGCCAAUACGUGACCGUGUACGGGGACGUAAUAUCGCACGUUAAUAUCACGACGGUGAAGUCCGAAGACGGCGGCGAGUACGAGUGCAUCGCGAACAGCCGCGCCGGCGAGGCCAGGCACUCGGCGAGGCUCAAUAUUUACGGACUGCCAUACGUCAGACCUAUGUCGGCCGUUUCAGCGGUCGCGGGGAAACAACUAUAUAUCAAGUGCCCUGUAGCCGGUUAUCCCGUUGAAUCGAUAGCGUGGGAGAAAGGCGAUGUAAAACUGCCUACCGACAUGCGGCAAAGAGUGGCCAACGGCACGCUGUUCAUCGACACCGUGCAGCGCAGUGCCGAUCAGGGCACGUACACAUGCACUGCCAAAAACAAGCACAACUUCACGUCGCAGCGCACGGUCGAAGUGCGCGUCCUAGUGCCACCUAAAAUCACGCCUUUCAGUUUUGCUCGCGAUUUAAACGUAGGGGACCGUACUAGCGUACAGUGCGUAGUCGUGACCGGCGACCUACCACUGACGUUCACGUGGCUCAAAGAUAACGUCCCGAUAGAGACGGUCAGGACGUCGCAGGAUGCGCCGUCGAGCAGCCGCGGUCGGUCGCCGGCCAGUCCCGGGGACGCGCUCAAGGGGCCCCCCAAGCGGGGCCCCACCAUGACCGCCGCCGGCGCCGGGCAUGACGAAGCGUCCCAGAGAAAGAGCAUUACCAUCCGGCAAUAUGACGCUUUUACCAGCGCCCUGAGCAUUAGCACGAUCGCACCCGCGCACAAUGGCACGUACACCUGUCGCGUGACCAAUGGCGCUGCAACCGUCGCUCAUUCUGCACUCCUUCACGUCAACGUACCUCCGAAGUGGACCGUGGAACCUAUCGACCAGAACGCGGUUGUAGGUCACGGCGUCUCCAUCGCCUGUCAGGCCGAAGGAUUCCCCAUUCCGACUGUGACUUGGAAGCAAUCUAUCGGUGAAACUCCGGGUGACUCCGGGUAUAGGGAGCUCGGAUACGGUGGCACGGAAGGCACCGGAGUGGCGAGAAAUGGAUCUUUGGUGAUCCCGCGGGUAUCGCGAGAUCAUGCCGGAUUCUAUAUAUGCCAGGCGAGCAACGGCAUCGGGCCCGGCCUCAGCAAGCUCAUUCGGCUAACGGUUCAUGCCGGCCCCCAGGUGACAGUACGGACAAGGCAGGAGUCAGUGCGAAGAGGAGAGAGCGUGGUAUUGCGCUGCGAGGCCGAGGGAGACGCGCCGCUUGAUCUUAGCUGGCGUGCUCGUGACAGCAAGAUCGAUCCUAAUUACGACGUUAGCGGGCUGAAACGGUAUCGAUCAACCAGACCGCCUCUCUUGGGUUCGUCCAGGUACGCGGUGGACAAUACGGCGGACACGUCGGGCCGCUUCACCACCGAGUUGCGGAUCGUUCAGGCGAGCCACAUGGACCGCGGCGACUACGUCUGCGUCGCCGCGAACGCCUACGGCCACGCCAAGGCGACGAUCCAUCUGCUCGUGCAGGAGCCGCCCGAUUUCCCUCGCAAUCUGCACGUGGCCGAGCAGGGCAGCCGUUCGAUCCUGUUGGCCUGGUCGUCGCCGGCGAGCGAUCGCGACUCGAGCCACACCAGCUCGCCCAUCGCCAACUACAUCGUGCAGUACAAGGAGGCGCAAGACGUGUGGCAUGAGCACAACACGCAGAAGCUGGUAUCCGGAGACAACACGGUCGCUCUGGUAUCGCCCCUAAAACCCGCGACUACCUACCACUUUCGAGUGCUUGCGGAAAAUCAUCUUGGAACAUCAGCGCCAAGCGACAUCCUUCAUGUCAGUAUCAAACAUUGUCGAAAAAAUCAACGACAGAGACAUGUACACACUCACAUGUAUACAUACACUCACACACACACAUACGUACAUACAUACACACGCACGCACGCACGCGCACGCAUAUAUAAUACACACGCACAAAGCAUGAUCGAAAAAGAGAAAGAAAAGAAAGAUUCAUUCUGUCACACGAGCCAUUCGCGUAAUAACGCGCCAACAGGCGGGUUGUUCUCUUUUCACGUGUACCGGGGCGUUUCGGAAUUUUCGAAACAGGUGCAAACGGAGGGCGAAGUGCCCGGAGGACCGCCUAGGCACGUCUCGGUGGAACCCCUGGGCCCGCAGCAGCUCAAGAUCACGUGGCAACCGCCGGAUCGAUCCCUGUGGAACGGCGAACUACUCGGAUACACCAUCGGCUACACCAAUCUCGGAGGAGAUGAUCAAUCGACGAACACGACGCGGGUAGGAAUCACAGGAAAUGGGGACGGCUCGCACGAUUACAGGCUAACCGGCCUGCGAAAAUAUACUAAAUAUAGCAUAGUAGUGAAAGCGUUCAAUAGCAAAGGAGACGGCCCGGGAUCCGAGGCGGUAAUAGCGCACACAUACGAGGACGUUCCAAGUGCGCCACCGCAGAAUGUAGCCUGCACCGCACUGACUGGCCAGAACAUCCAGGUGACCUGGAAACCGCCACCUUCCGACAAAGUUCACGGGGUCGUUCAGGGGUACAAGCUACUGUAUGAGGCGGCGAGCGGCGCAGCUUCGGAGUCGCAAGCCGGCAGAGAGACGAAGAUCAGUCAUACACUAAUCACAGUGCUGCACGCGCUCAGCCCGUACACCAACUACACGGUGCAGGUGUUGGCGUACACCAGGGCGGGCGAGGGUGUCAGCAGCAACCCCGUGUCCUGCACUACCGAGGAGACCGUGCCUGACGCGCCGGAGCGUGUGAAGGCGGUGGUCAGCGGCGAGAACGCCGUGGUGGUAUCCUGGCUGCCGCCUCGCCGGCCGAACGGCCUGCUCACCAAGUACACCGUCUACAUCCGGGUGUUGGACCAAGGGCAGGAGGUGAAGAUCAGCAAGAGCAUCUUGCCGGCGCAGAGCCUGCAUCACGAGGCGACCGGUCUGAAGCUGCACGAGUCCUACGAGGCGUGGGUCACCGCCUCGACCAAGGUCGGCCAGGGCUCCAGCACGCCGGUCAUCAAGUUCCAGCCCAGCGCCAACGUUCCAGCCGCUAUAAUAUCGUUCGGCAUGUCCAUCGUAGUGCCGUGGCGGGUGGACGUUAAUAUGGCUUGCCUGGUUGUCGGCGACCCGAAGCCGAGUGUGGAGUGGCGACGCGCCGACAUGAAAUUGCAGCAGAAAUCCAACGUGGGACCGGACAAUACGCUGACUCUGAGGAACGUGCAGAGGAAUCACGAGGACAACUACUCGUGCCACGCGAAGAACUCGCUCGGCACCGACGAGAUCACGUAUACCUUGCAUAUACAGGUGCCGCCGACGUCGCCGACUCUGCUGGCAACCGGCACGACGACCGACGCCAUUCAGCUACAAUGGAAGCAGGGCGACAACGGUGGCGCGCCUAUUAAAGGAUUCCUCUUGGCUUAUCGCCGGGAAUUCGCCGAAUGGGAGGAAGUCAUGCUGGAUCGCAGAGCGAGCACGCAUCUCCUGGAAGGCUUGCGAUGCGGCACGCGGUAUCAGUUCACCCUCGCAGCGUUUAACCGGAUCGGCAGCGGCAGCGCGAGCGACAUACAGACGGCGAAGACCAACGGCUCGAAACCGGUGCCGCCGCCGAAGCAUCACUUCGUCAGGACGAACCAGACGUUCGUUACUCUGGAGUUGGCGGCGUGGCAAGACGGUGGCUGCCCGUUGACCUACUUUGUCGUGGAAUAUAGGAGGCUGCCCGGGGACUGGCUGCUAGUGUCCAAUAAUGUGCCGCCGCAGUCGAAAUUCCCCAUCGUGGAUCUAGAGAGCGGUACCAGCUACGAGCUCCGCGUGACGGCUUACAACAACGCCGGUUCCACCCAGGCUGAGUACCUGUUCAGCACGCUGUCGACGAAUGGAAACAACCGCUUGCACGAGGAUCAUCCGCAGGAGAGCGAAACCACACCUCUCUAUCUCGACGCGCACGUUUUGGCGCCCAGCGUCAUCUCGGUGCUGGCUGUCAUCUUGGCGGUCGCCGGCGUGUGCUUCUGCCUCAAGACGCAUCCGGAGGGAUCCAGGGGCGCGAACGACCCGAGCUCGCAAACACAGGCGGCUUUAGACAACAAACACAAUAUGGAACAGAGGGAACAGUACUACGCCACCGUGAGGAAACCGGGACAGCAGUCACCUUGCCGCGAGGUGAGCGCCCUGGAACGAAUACCCGAGUAUUCAGAAGAUAUUUAUCCGUAUGCCACCUUCAAUCUGCCCGAGCAGGAAAAUCUUUCGGCGAACCCCAUGAGACAAGCGUUCUUCUACGAGCGCAGCGAGACGAUGCUGCAAGGUGCUCAAUGCGACGUGGACCAGUAUACGAAGGUGCGAGGUCGGGCGCGACGCAAAUCGAAGUCGUUCAAAUCGGAAUCGGAGGAGUACGACACGCUGGGCUCGGACAGCGACACGGAGGUCGGCACCAGCAGCCGUACCGAGUCGUCGAAUCACCUGGACGACUCCGGUCCUACGUCGAUAAUGGCUCGCUCGCCGGGACCGAAUUCCGUCAAUCAGAGGGAGCAGCGACUCGCCCUGGUGCAGCGACCGGUUCAUCAUAAUGUGCUCUACCACACGCACGAAUCAAGUACAUCAACCGAGCCGUCACCAAUUUCUGAGAGGAAGACCUUCCCGAGGCUCGAAAAGCAAAGGAGUCGCAGCGCGAUAACAGACGUCGCGAUCGACGGUCGCAUCCCCGGCAUACUGCGACCGGUGCUCAAGCUGUCGGAGUCCGGGAUGCAUUCGUACUCGCGAGGAGCCUCGCCGAGUCGCCCGGUGCGUCCUGGUUCCUACGACAGGCUGGAGAAGGAGCCGCCGAGCGGCAGGAAGUCCGUCGAAUCGCUGUGCCUCCUGGAGGAGCCGGCGGGCACGUUCAGAAUGAUGAGGAGGGACGACGAUUGGGGCAGCGAACUGUCUACGUUGGAAUUGAAGCCACCGAGCGGCUUCACGGACGUUCACGAGACCAGUGAAGCCGAGUGUGACAUCGACAUGAAGCUGAAGCUGCAGAGGAAGCGGACCGGCCUGCAUUCGAAUAACUCGCUCUCCAAAUCGCCCAAGGACUUCACUAUCACCGUCUAAGUGUUAAUCAAAUAUCGAAACAAAAACGAGAAACCGAAAAAAGCAAAAAAGAACAAAAAAAAAAAAAAAAGAACGGAAAA